AUGGCGCCACCAGGCGACUCUGAGGAGUCUGUUGACUUUUAUGAGUUGCUGGCCAUUCCAGCCACUGCCUCAGAAUCAGAAAUCCGCCGCGCAUAUCGGAAAACGUCUCUUCUGUACCAUCCUGACAAAGUCAAGCCUACACAAGAGAAUCUAGACAAAUUCCAGCUCCUCCAGACAGCGAUAAAUAUCCUGACAGAUGCUGCCGAGAAAGCGAAAUAUGAUCAAACUCGCGAGGCGAAACAAAGGCGUCUGGCAGAGACGGCCGCGCUGGAGAGCCGCAGACGUAAGAUGAAGGAAGACCUGGAGAAGAGGGAAGGUAACUUUACGGGAACUACAACGACUGUGAACGGCGUGAAGAGGACAUGGAGUGAUAGGGAGCUGGAGAUAAAAAGGAUCGCAGAGGAGAACCGGAAGAAAAGAGAGGCAGUCAUGGCACAGAGGACUCAAGAGGCCCACGCGAGAGCCCAGGCCCAAGAGCAACCCUCUGAUUCUAUCGACCGUUCCGUCAAGGUUCGUUGGGUCAAGGAAGGUGAGGGUCUUGAUAUCGACCAACAGGCAUUGGAAGAAAACUUCCCUGCCGGUGAUGUUGAAAAUGUGCUCAUCCUCAAGGACAAGAAACGUCGCAUAGAGGGCAGAGACAAAAAGGUGAUGCUAGGGACAGCGGUCAUCGUAUUCAAAACCUUGUCUAUCGCUAAAAAAGUCGUGGCCCAGGGUCCUUGGGAAGGCAUCGAAAGCGUUGAAUGGGCAGCCGAGAAGGAGCCAGAGGGCACAUGA